GAUUAAAAAGGACGGGCACAGAUUGCAUACGUCAGGGACAACUGUUUGUUUGCACCGGCUUGAGAGGUUACUGGAGGUAAUUACUCUUCUGGACAUACAACCUGUUGAUAUCCUGCAUCUCUGUGUACGUCUAAUUCAUCUUGGAGCAAUAGACUGGUUUCCCUGAGAGCCGAGUCCCUCCUGACUUCUCUCCCUCACUAUCGCUGACGUCGUGCUGCUUCCUGUUGUUGUAAGGCCAGACCCACAGCUGUUGCCUCGGCUGGCCGGACACUGCUUCCUCUUACCCACCGCCAGGGUACUAGAGUGUAGUAUCCUGCCAGGAAAAGCUGUCACUCACCCAAACUACCAUCUUCUCACAACCCUUAAGACCCUGGACAAGUUAAGACAUUUUGUAAAAGGUUGGUGUCAAUUGUGUAUGAUGUAAAGUGGGUGAACGGUAAAAACAGCAGAUACAGGAACAAAUACUUUGAGGAGUGCUAUAUCUGCUGCCUUGGCUAAAGAACAUUUCAAGUACCGUUAAGGGACAAACUAUGUCAGUGUACAAUGUAAAGAGUUAUAUAAGCAUCUCCCUUGAUACAAGUAAACAAUCUCAUGUUUAGAUAGAAAAUUAGGUCAUUUAGUGGGGUCCUGUGUAUUUUUAAAUUAAAACUAAAGAAAGGAAAAUCUUGUGGUUUUCUCAGGACUCCAACUCCGAAGACUCCAGAUCUAGUAUACAGGAGGUGUGAACAUUUUUUGUGUUGAAAUGUAGAUGUGUUAAAGUUGUUAAAGGUCAGAGGGUCACGGUUGGUAUAAACCCGAGUCCAUUAGUGGAUUAUAGACAUAACCACUCCACGGAUCCUGCAUGUCCCUGGGAUUAGAGACACUCGCAUUAUAGAGGCAGGAGGACAUGGGGCAUGACGAGCCUGUCCAUUUAACUAAAUCACAAGUGCAACGGUACACUUUGGGACUGCUGUGACUGAAAAACAGGACAGUAACAGUGGAUUUCUUCAGUUGCUACAAAGUUUGACCAGCAUUGAUCAUACGCAACAUGGAAAUAGAUUUGGAAGGGAUUAUCCAGUGCAUCAAGCGCAGAGACACAGACAGCGUUCAGAUCUAUCUACAAGAGUUCAACAAAGAGUAUGCGCAGUGCUUCUUUUUUGACAAGGAGGAGAGAAAUCGCAGGAAACAAAAGAGACUUGAAGAGUUUAAGAAGAAUAAAGUGAGAGAUUUUACAGAUUCAGACUCAGAUGGUGAAGAAUAUGAACAAGAAGACCGAGAUCUCUUCCUCAGACAAAAUUUGGCCCUGGUGUUGGUUGGCUUUAUCCGAACUGAAGUCAAUUGCAGCCUCCUGAAAGUGUCUCUUCGAAGCCUGAGGAUCCUGUCCCGGGACAAGAGGGUGCUGGCUCCUCUGGUGACCGACAGUGCCCUUCUGAACCUGGCCAAACUCGCUGGUCUGACCAAAGGAGAGACCUAUGAGGAGCCCUCAGACCCAGAUACAACUUUCUACGACAACAUCAUUGUGUCCCUCGCUGAAGCCAAGGCCCAGCACAGCCACGACGCGGAUGCCGGCAUGGAAACUAGCGAGCAGAUGGAAGAGUGCACAAGUGUGGACAGUGGAAACGUGGAGCGGAUGGAUGGGGUUAGCAGCCCUUGGCCUGGUCUCAGUCAGGCUCAUGGGGUCAGCACCCAUCAGAGAGCGCUAGAGCGAGGCAGGAGGGACCGGCGAGAGAGCAAGAUGGAGGGAGAGGGAUACAGCGAGGAAGAGGGUGACUCAGAGGAGGCUCAGAGGAAGGAGGCCAUGAAGGUGUUGUGUAAUGUGGUCUACAACAGCAGCUGGGCCCAAGAGAGGUUCAGCGCACUCAGACUGAUUAAUGGUCUAAUAGAGCUGGUGUCUGCUGGAAUUGGCUGUUCACCUCCCUCCAGUGUUCAAUUUUAUGAACUGCGCCUCAUGUUUCUGAUGACUGCAUUACGGCCAGAGCUCAGCAAACAGCUUCAACAGGCGGAUGGAGUGUCUAUCCUCACAGCUGCUCUGGAGAGCUGCCUGGAGGUGCAAUGGAAGGAUCAAUACCAGUGUAUGCUGAACCCUGUGGCUCCUCCCAUCUCCCUGGAUGCCUCACAGCGCAUCAUUGAGAUUCUUAAAAUUCUUUUCAACAUCACAUUCAGCACCCACCGCCUGGAGCCCACAGAGGAAGAUGCAGCUCAAUAUAGACACCUGGUGGCGAUUCUCCGUCUCUGCCUCCUGAGGAAGUGUGUGCUGGCAGAUGACACUGACGAACUGCAGGGUCACACGGUGAAUUUGCUGUCAGCGCUGCCCCUUCAGUGUCUUGAUGUGCUUCUCAACGUGCCCCUGAUGCCAGGCUCAGAGCAGUUCAAUGGAGUUAACAUGGACUGUGUGCACAAGCUGCUGCUGUUUAUGGAGCGCCGGCUGGAGCAGGGUGAUAAAUUCAAAGAGAAGCUGACCCCUAUACUUAACCUGCUGACAGAGAGCUGCCGAGCUCACAGGGAAACCAGGAAGUACCUCCGAAACCAGAUUCUGCCACCACUCAGAGAUGUGUCCCAGAGACCAGAGGAGGGGUCAACAGUUAAAAGUCGAAUUGUCCGCCUCAUGACUCACCUGGACACAGAUCUGAAACAUUGUGCAGCUGACCUCAUCUUUGUCCUCUGCAAAGAAAAUGUACGUCGCUUUGUGAAAUACACUGGCUACGGUAACGCAGCGGGCCUUUUGGCCACCAGGGGGCUGCUGGGGGGCCAGACCACUCUGAGCGUCAGUGCACAGUAUUCCAGUGACUCGGACUCGGACACAGAGGAGUACCGACGGCAGAAGGACCGCAUCAACCCGGUGACAGGGCGAGUGGAGGCCCAGCAGCCAGACCCCAUGGAGGGCAUGUCCGAGGAAGAGAAAGAGGAGGAGGCCAAGAGACUCAUCAAGCUCUUCAGCAAGCUCUCUAGAGAAGACAUUAUCCAGCCCAUGGGUGUGGACUCAGAAGGGCGACUCGUUCCCAUGGCAGGACUCCAAGACAACAUCACAGACGAAGGACACUCAGAUUCAGAUUUUGAGGAGGAAAAGUAACAUUCACUUGUAAAC